UUGAUUUUGAGUCAAACCUCCCCACUCUUCUAUAAAAGAUCAUCUUCAUCAAUCCCCAAAUCACAGAUUAGAAAUGGCUUCAGUAACAAUUAUCAGUUCAUGUGUUCACCACAAUCUUCACCGUCAUCCUUCUCCUUCUAUCCUUACUCCAUUCAAAACACCAAGAUCUUCUUCCUUCAUAAAUUCUAAACCUAUCGUCAUCAACCCAAAACGCACCGUUUCAUCAUCAUCAUCUUCCCACAUCCGCAUUUACAAAUCUUCAUCCUUCGACUUCACGUCUUACAUUGUCCGUAAAGCCGAGUCCGUCAACAAAGCCUUGGACCUGGCCGUUCCUCUCCAAGAACCGCUCAAGAUCCACGAAGCCAUGCGCUACUCCCUCCUCGCCGGAGGCAAACGCAUCAGACCCGUUCUCUGCCUCGCCGCUUGCGAGCUCGUCGGAGGCGAACCCUCCGUCGCUAUGCCGGCAGCUUGCGCCGUCGAAAUGCUCCACACCAUGUCGUUGAUCCACGACGACCUCCCGUGCAUCGACAACGACGAUCUCCGCCGCGGGAAACCCACUAACCACAGAGUCUUCGGCGAAAACGUCGCCGUUUUGGCCGGAGACGCGCUUCUUCCCUUUGCAUUCGAGCAUCUAGUGACGGCCACGAGUCCCGAGGUCUCUCCGGUGAGGCUGGUUCGAGCCGUGGGAGAGUUGGCUAGACCCGUCGGCGUCGAGGGCGUCGCGGCUGGACAAGUGGCUGAUAUAAGCAGCGAAGGGUUAGACUCGAACGACGUCGGUUUGGAGCAUUUGGAGUUUAUACAUUUGCGCAAAACGGCGGCGUUGCUUGAAGCCUCUGCGGUGCUCGGAGGGAUCGUUGGUGGAGGGAGUGACGAUGAGAUCGAGAGGCUGAGGCAGUACGCGAGGUGUAUAGGUUUGUUGUUUCAAGUGGUUGAUGAUAUCUUGGACGUCACGAAAUCGUCUCAAGAAUUAGGUAAAACUGCUGGGAAAGAUUUGGUUGCUGAUAAGUUGACGUAUCCGAAGAUUAUGGGGUUGGAGAAAUCGAGAGAGUUCGCUGAGAAGUUGAGUAGAGAUGCUCGUGAUCAGCUUUUAGGGUUUGGUUCCGACAAGGUGGCUCCUUUGUUGGCUUUGGCUAGUUACAUUGCCAAUAGACAGAACUGAACUGUGUCUU